UGAAGGGGGUGAAGAGCGGCGGCGGCGGUCCGUGAAGGCGGCGGCGGUCAUGUCGGAUACGUGGAGCUCUAUCCAAGCCCAUAAGAAGCAGCUGAACUCGCUGAGGGAGCGGCUGCAGCGCAGGAGGAAGCAGGACCCGCUGGGGCGGCGCCUCUCCCCCUCGGCCCCUCCCCCCUCAUCCCCGUCAGCUCCGCCCCUCCCCACCCCUUGCCCCUCCCUUGGCCCCUCCCCCUCCUCCCCUUUAGCUCCGCCCACCGCCACCUCUUCCCCUCCCACCGCCUCCACCACCACCACCGCCACCUCGAGGAGCUCCGACCUCACCACCGAUCCGGCGCUGGAGAGGUGUCUCCUCCUCCAUCUUGCUGACCUCUCGCUGACCCUCCCCACCGACGCCGACGCCAUCUGCCGCGCCAUCGCCGCCCCCGAAACUCCGGUGACGCGUCGAGCGGUGGAAAGUCUUCUCCAGAAAUUCGCCGCUCAAGAACUCAUCGAAGUGAAGAAAGGAUUACUCGAAGAUGACCCCAAUCCCCCCACGGUGGUCAUUUACGCCGAUCAUUCCAAACUUUCCGCCAUGACCGGAGCUGGAACGGAAAAUUCCGGCGGGAAAAAUGGCGGAAGGAAAAGACGUACGGACCAAGAUGGCGUCGGAGCGUCGGCUUUCACCGGAAUGAGCGGUGGAGAUGGUGGGAAGGAGACGGUGAAGAAAAGCCGGAAGCAAGCGUCGGAUGUGGACCUGGAGAUCGAGAGCUUGCUGAGUCAGCAGUCCACCAAGGAGCAGCAGAGCAAGAAGGUCAGUCAGGAGAUCCUGGAGCUCCUCAACACCACCACGGCCAAAGAACAGUCCAUCGUGGAGAAGUUCCGCUCUCGCGGCCGAGCUCAGGUCCAGGAGUUCUGCGACCACGGAACCAAAGAGGAAUGCGUCAAAGCCACCGGCGCUGACCGGCCCUGCCGCAAGCUGCACUUCCGCCGCAUCAUCAACAAACACACGGACGAGUCUUUGGGCGACUGUUCUUUCCUCAACACCUGCUUCCACAUGGACACCUGCAAAUACGUCCACUACGAGAUCGACGCGCGGCCCGAGACCCCCCCCGCGCGAAGCCCCGCCCCCGCCCGCCCCCGCGACGCGGCCCCCGCCCCCGAGCGCCCGCCCGACCCCGACCACGGCGCCGACCGACUCUUCCCCCCGCAGUGGAUCUGCUGCGAUAUCCGGUACUUGGACGUCAGCAUCCUGGGCAAAUUCGCCGUGGUGAUGGCCGAUCCGCCGUGGGAUAUCCACAUGGAAUUGCCCUACGGAACCCUCACCGACGACGAGAUGCGGCGCCUCAACAUCCCCGUCCUGCAGGACGAGGGCUUCCUCUUCCUCUGGGUCACCGGCAGGGCCAUGGAGUUGGGACGCGAGUGCCUCAACCUCUGGGGGUACGAGCGAGUGGAUGAGAUCAUUUGGGUGAAAACCAACCAACUGCAGCGCAUCAUCCGCACCGGCCGCACCGGCCAUUGGCUCAACCACGGCAAAGAGCACUGCCUGGUGGGCGUCAAAGGGAACCCCCAAGGCUUCAACCGCGGUUUGGACUGCGACGUCAUCGUCGCCGAGGUGCGUUCCACGAGCCACAAACCCGAUGAAAUCUACGGAAUGAUCGAACGCCUCUCACCCGGAACGCGGAAAAUUGAGCUCUUUGGUCGUCCUCAUAACGUUCAACCCAAUUGGAUCACCUUAGGGAAUCAACUGGAUGGGAUCCACCUCCUCGAUCCGGACGUGGUGGCUCAAUUUAAGCAACAUUAUCCCGACGGAAUCAUCUCCAAACCCAAGAACAUGUAGAAAAUGGGGAUUUUGGGGGGUUGGAGGUGGAAUUUUUGAGGAGUUUUGGCGGUUGGAGGUGGAAUUUUGG